GCAUCAGUAGAACAAGUUGAACCACUCAGUGGAAGAGGGAUUCAGAUAAGAAGAAACUGAAGGACUUCCCAUAGGCGUGAGGGAAAUUGCAUACGCCAUCCGGAGAAGGGGGCCAGGAAAUGGCUUCUUGUUUUCCAGACAGCUUCUGAGCUUUCUUCCAUGGCACUGUGAAAGCUGGAGGGCUGGCUGCACAGCCAGGGGGAACACCCAGUUGAGAACUGGUCUUUUGCCGGAGGAGCUUUUUACUGCUGAAAGGUAUAGUCAUGAGCCCUACGAGAUAUUCCUAUUAUCAGUGAUUUCCUCUGAGGAGGAAGCAAAGCAAAUGACAUCUUAGUCAAAAAGAGGACUUUGACCAACACCAGUGAAGAUUAAGAAACUCGUUUGUCCCGGUGACAGUGUUGGACAGGCCACACAACAAACCUGAAGACAUGAAUUCCCCAGGGAAAUCAAUUUUCUGUUUUGUGUUCCUGAUCGUGACUUACUGUUCUCAAGCUGCAUUGAACCUCAAUCUUGGAUCCAUUGUCCAUUCUUCAAUCCACCAAGGCCAUGGACGAGAAGGCGAGAACUACAGGGAAGAGUCACUAAGACACAAACGAGCUGUGGCCACAAGCAGCCCUGCACCUGAAGAAUAUGAGAUUGAGAUUGAGAUAAGUUUUGAAAAUGCAUCCCUCCUGGAGCCUUUCAAAACUUACUUAAAAAACCUCAGUUUUCCAAUCCAAGUGAUGAAUGACAACCUGAGCACUGACAUUUUAAGCAUGAAAGUUACAACAGUAUGCAGGCCCAAUGGGAAUGAAACUUUUUGUUCUUGUGAAAGUGGAUAUAAGUGGCUCCCAGAAGUGUGCCUUAGUAACCUCACUUGUCAAAGCUAUCACAGCUCAGCCCCAGAAGACUGUAGCUGCCUCAAGGAAAUGCCUGCCAAGGGACCCUAUUGUCAGGAAGUCAUUCUGAAAGAUAUUAUACUAAGGAUGUCAGUCAGACUCAAGAUGGAUUUUCAGGAAGACCUCAAGAACUCCUCCUCUGCCCUGUAUAGGUCGUACAAAACGGAUUUGGAAAGAGCGUUCUGGAAAGGUUACAGUAUUUUACCAGGCUUCAAAUCAGUGCUGAUUACAGGCUUCAGGCCUGGAAGUAUUAUUGUUAAGUACAAUAUCCAGGCAACAAAACCAACGCCAACACAAAUGAAUGAAGCAAACGAUCGAGUCAAGACACUGAUCAAUUCAACGUAUAGAGUGGAUCCUCUCUCCUUUGAGGCAACUCCCGAUAAUGAAACAAAGUUCUCCAUUGUCCCAGAAAUCAUCUAUGAAGGGGAUACGGUGACGAUGAGGUGUGAAAAUGAAGUGCAAUCAACAAACGUAACCUGGCGCCAUUUUGAAAGGGCCACAGACAUUCAGAACAGCAGUACAUUCUCCAUUUACACUUCUCUGAGUCACCAAAUUUCAAUAUCAACCCUCACUAUUCGUAACAUUUCUCUGAUUGAUGCUGGGGAAUAUGUUUGUACUCUAACAUAUGACAUUUUUGACUAUGAGGGCCGGAAAAAAAUCAAUGUGAUUUCCACAGAAAUUGAAGCAUCAGAAGACCUGAAGGUGAUGUGUGACAACAAUCCUGUAUCUUUGAGUUGUUGUGCUGGGAAAGAUUUUAAUUUAAGUAAUAUUGAAUGGAAUCAGGAGGGACUGAUCAACAUUCCAGGGAUCAGCUCCUCAGAUUCCAGGUGCAGUAAACACACCAUCAAGGCUGAUGGAACUCAGUGUCUAAGUGGCUCUGCUGGAACAGAGGUAUUUUACGUAUGCGGGUUCCACAGUGGCCAUGGAGCUGAUAGCAGCAGGAAGAUAAAAGUUACAUUUACAUCUGUGGCCAAUCUGACAGUAACUCCAGACCCGAUUGCUAUUUCUGAAGGACAGAAUUUCUCCAUAAGAUGCAUCAGCGAUGUGAGUAGCUAUGACUCAGUAUUCUGGAACACCUCAGCUGGAUCCAAAAUAAACCCAAAGUUUUAUGUUACCAAGAGAUAUCCCAAUAGAGCUGAAUCAGUGCUUACAGUAGAGACUGCAACAAGAGAAUGGAAUGGUGUUUAUCACUGCAUAUUUAGGUACAAGAGCUCAUACAGCAUAGCCACAAAGGACGUUACCGUUCACCCAUUGCCGCUGAAGCACGACAUCCUGCUCGAUCCCUUGGAAGCUGACGUUCCCUGUGGGGGCAUCUGUCACUUACGGUGCUGCAUAAAUGAGGCUGUAGACUACAGAGUUACUUUCCAAAUUAAUGGCUUGUCCCUUCCCACUGUAAAAGAAGCUCAAGAAAAUCGAGCCUGCUAUAAAUACAGUUUAAUGGCAAACACAACUGCUUGGUGCUCCAAAACAGUUCAGGCAUCUUGUAUCUUCGUCAACUCGGUCAACAAAUCGGUCCAGAGUGCACCGGUCACUCUUCGCCUUGUUCCUGAGGAGAAUAUCACAUGCCAAGAUCCCAUCAUAGGCAAUGGCGAGCCAGGGAAAAUGAUUCAGAAACUGUGCCAGUUUUCAAACAUCCGUAACAAGUUGGACCAUGGAAUGGGUGGAACCAUCACUUACAUAUGCGAAGGCUCCACAUGGAAAGUAAAGAACAACAAUUGCAUUGCUGCACCAAUCAAUAAUCUGCUUGACUUGACAAAGGCUCUGGUUAUGAGCCCUAAACAAGAAGAGAAGCUAUUAACAUACCUUCAGGAUCUGUCCAGUCGUACUGGGAAGGUACAAAAUGAGAUCAAAUCAUCACCUGGAAACCUGAAAGCCAUCAUUACCAUCCUGGAGUUGCUGUCAACGGUCCCAACCCAAGUGAAUACAGAUAUGAUGACACAUGUGCUUUCUACAGUCAAUGUCAUCCUUGACAAACCCAUACUGAAUACGUGGCAAGUUCUGCAUCAGCAACAGGCCAACGAGAGCUCUCGGUUACUGGAUUCUGUGGAGAGAUUCUCCAGAGCGCUGCACGAGAGAGUCAGUGUCGUUCCUUUCAUCAUCCACCCCAAUGUGCAAAUGAGGGGCCUCAUGACUACAGCCACACACAUGACCGACUAUGACCAGCACUUUCUCUUUCCCGAUUCCAAUCUCUGGGGCCAGGUAGUCAUCGACAGGCAUCAGAUAGAAAGCUUGGAGCCAAAUUCAUCCAUCAUCACCCUGGCAUACCCAACGCUAAAAGCUAUCCUGCCCCAGAGUGUCCAGGACAAGAACUUCGUGAAUGGUUUGGUGAUGACAACCACCGUGAGCCAGGGUGUGACAAAACAGUUCAAGAUUUCAAUGAAGUUUAAGAAAAAUGACCUGUCAUUGGUGGCACCCCAGUGUGUCUUCUGGAACUAUCACCUCUCCAACUACACGGGGGGAUGGGACAACAGUGGGUGUUUUGUUGAACAAAUGAAAGAGGACAGUGUCUUCUGUACCUGUAAUCACUUAACCUCAUUUUCCAUCCUAAUGUCCCCUGAUUCUCCUGACCCCAACUCCCUCCUAAAAAUACUGCUGGAUGUUAUUUCUUAUAUUGGCCUAGGCUUUUCCAUCUUGAGUCUAGCAGCCUGUCUUGUUGUUGAAGCUUUUGUCUGGAAAUCAGUGACCAAAAACCGCACCUCUUACAUGCGCCAUGUUUGUAUUGUAAACAUUGCGGCCUCCCUCCUGAUUGCUGAUUCCUGGUUCAUUGUAUCUGCUGCCAUUCAUGACCAGCGCUACCUAUUCAGUGAAACAGCUUGUGUGGCUGCCACCUUCUUCAUCCACUUCUUUUACCUCAGUGUCUUCUUCUGGAUGUUGACCCUGGGCCUCAUGCUUUUCUACCGCUUGGUCUUCAUCCUCCAUGACACGAGCAAGUCUAUCCAGAAGGUGAUUGCCUUCUCCCUUGGCUAUGGCUGCCCACUGGUCAUCUCCAUCAUCACAGUGGGGGUGACCCAGCCAAAGGAUGUGUACAUGAGGAAAAAUGCCUGCUGGCUCAACUGGGAUGACACCAAGGCCCUCCUGGCUUUUGUGAUUCCUGCACUGAUCAUUGUGGUCAUAAAUGUGACCAUAACGUUUGUGGUCAUCACCAAAAUCCUGAGGCCCUCCAUUGGGGACAAGCCAAGCAUUCAGGAAAAGAACAGUCUGUUUCAGAUCAGCAAGAGUAUUGGUGUCCUCACUCCCCUCCUAGGACUCACCUGGGGGUUUGGAUUGGCCACCGUGUUCCAGGGAAGCAGUGCUGUGUUCCACAUUGUAUUCACCCUACUGAAUGCCUUCCAAGGAUUAUUCAUUUUGUUGUUUGGAUGCCUCUGGGACAAGAAGGUACAGGAAGCUCUGUUGCAUAAAUUCUCCCUAUCCAGAUGGUCUUCACAGCACACAAAGUCGACAUCUCUGGCUUCAUCCACUCCUGUAUUUUCCAUGAGUUCUCCAAUAUCGAGAAGAUUUAACAAUUUGUUUGGUAAAACAGGAACGUACAACGUGUCGACCCCAGAAACAACCAGCUCAUCUGUGGAAAACUCAUCCAGUGCUUAUUCUUUGCUUAACUGAAAACAGAAAACCACAUUUGCGUGACUUCUGGGAACAGUGGACUUCACUCAUUGACAAGCUCCAGAACAGGAGACACCUCUAAAAUAGUCAUCCCAUUUGUAAAGCAUCCUCUCCCUCAAGGCCUUAAAGCACAGACUUUUGCACUAGGGAAGAGGUCACACUAAAUCGUGUAAAGACUUUGACUUCAAGUGGUUUUAUUGUUUACUUUUGACUUUUUUCUUCUUUGGAAUGAUCCCAUUGUGUAUAGUAUUUAAGUGAUCACAUAUGUUGCCCCAAACCUAGCUUCUUCUCUGGCUUGAAUGUGAAUCAAGGUCUUGCAGAGACAUUGUCAUGAUUCCCAGUUUGGGUCCAAUGCUCAGUUUUGCUUAAAAUAAUAGGGACUAAAGGGUUAAUGCACACACAAAAGUGUGGCCUUGAUUUUUUUUAUUCAAAAAGGACAGAUUUAUAUUCCAAUAAUAAUUGUCCAAGGUGGGCUAGUCAUACGCUGCAAACAGUGGAAAUACAGAAAGAUCAGAAGUUGAAAACUGAAAGUUAUCCUCAGUAAAGCUAUACCAAAUCAGUGGCUGGUGCAAUCUGAGUAAAGCACAGAAAAAUGAUGAAGAAGCAGGAAAGGUAGAAAGGAAAUUACAUUGUAAAAAUCCUUUCAUUUGGAAUAUCUAAUUUACUAGAAAAACAGAAGAAAUUUAUGGCUCCCCCAGUAGCCUUAUCCUUAUGUUUUGAGGUUUUAGCUAUGAAGAGAAAAGGCAAGGGAAACUGAGACAUUAUUCUUUUGUAGACCCAAGCACAGAGCUGUAACUAAGGCACAGUGACUGAAGCUUUGUCCCAAGGUGAGAAAUUUAGAGGAUACCUAUGGCGUCAUCUCAUGGCAUAUUUCCCUACCCUCUUUCAUGACCCUACUCCCAAGGUUGUAGUUUCUUGCCAUUUCUCUUAUUUCAGCAGCUUAGAAAUCUUGUCAUUUCCUUCUCUUAGGGGCUGUAGUACAGGUGAGCCUACUCCCCUUCCCACUUGUCGCAGGUACAGAAAUAACUAGUGAUAGUUCAGCCCAAGCAAAAACUAAUUAUUGGUCAAAUUAAAUAGAGCUUGUAAGACAAGUCAGGUUGUUAAGUUUUUGAAAUGUGUCCCAAUGAUCUGGAAUCUUUUGAUUUCUAAAUUAUAUCUAUUGCACUGGAAAUAAAUUCGUACUCUAAUUAUUUAAGAGCUUUAGCCAGGUACUUCUCUGUACAUUAUAUAGUAGGUUUUCAUAUGUUAUUGCUCUUUAGAUGAUGAUGAUGAUGAAUGAUAUAGGUAACUUUCUCUCGGUGUAUCCCACAUUCUCUCCCCUAGACCUCUCACUCACAGACCAGUUUUCAUUAAGAUGUUUCAUGUGAUUCAGGAUGACUAUAUUCAACCCCUUAGAAAAUCUUCCACAAGAGGUUUUAUUUAUAGCUGGCUUCUCUGUGCUCCUAAUGACACUUCUGCUUGGUGAACAGAUGUUGGAGCCUUUCCUAAGGUUUAGGGAAUAUUCUUCUUCCUGUUUAACCCCAUUUUAAUGAUUAUCAUCAUCCAUAAAUAUUUAUUGAUACUCCUGGCAUUUUGCUAGGCACAAUGCCUAUAUAGAUUACUUAAGGACCCUACCUUCAUUCUCUAAGAAGACUAGGCAGAUAAGUAUAGAUUGUUCUCUUUUUAUAUUUCAACUUUCCUUCCUUUUCUAAUUUUGUUUUGGCCUUUCUUUUCAACUCCUCCCCUUUUAUAUUUUCUCAUAAGGCCUGGAGAUGGAACAGGGAGAGCUGCUAAAUUAUGCUUAGUAUUAGGUGAACUCCUUAUUUUUAUCCACUCACAAAAAUGCAGCAAUUGACCUCCAAGUGUAUCUAAGAGUUGCCCAAUAAGUGAUCCAACUGAGGAUUCCAUGGCUAAGCGUCCAUUAAGAACAGUGGCUUUGGAGUCAGAGAACCUUAGCUCAAAUCCCGCCUCUGACAUUACCUGUGUGACUUGGAGCACCCAGACCUCUGUUUCCUCAUCUGUAAAAUGAAGGAGUUGGACUAGAUGGCCAUUUGAGGUUCCUUCAAAUUCUAGAUCAAGUUCUAGAUCUAUUGUGUGAGCCUAUAAUAAAUUAAAGCAGCCUUAAGAGGUCUGGAUAGCCUGAGCUAACAGGGAAGUUUUCACUGUUUUCACUAAGUUUUCACAAUUUAGAGUUGGAUAGCACCUUAUAAAUCACUUAGGUUAGCCUCCUUGUUUUGAAUAUUAAAAGAUGGAGGCCUUGGAGAGAUUUACUGGUGUGCCCAAGAUCAGACAGGUAGUAUUUCUGUGCCCCAAGGCUGAGAAGGGUUUGGAAGGUUCUAGAACAAAGGAUGCCUAACAAAGAGACAUCUUGAGUGAAAUGGAAGGUUAUUUUGCUCUGGAAACAUGAUAAGAGCUCAGAUGGUGCCUGCAGCCAAAAAAAGAGAUAGGCAGGAAAGAGACACAGAACAAAAUUAGCUUAAUUCCAGGGAAGGAAGCAAGUGAGUGAGGAAGAGUGAACUAGAAUAGAUGGAGAUUCUUACAUCUGGAUUUUUAAUGGAAAGAGAAGGGAAUCCCUAGAUCCACAUCCUGCUGUUAAUUUUGAAUUUCUACCAGCUUCAAUGGAAACCCUAAGGUUUCACAGUUUGAACAAGAUUUGCGGAAUUUCAGGAAAUUUCAACAGGGUUACAUAGGAUACUAUAUUGGCACCAUGCCCAAACUCCUGAAUGGGAGCAUGUUCUCUGACUUCUACAUGAUGUACACAUGCACACUCCUUCAGUGCACUCAAGGGUUGCUCUGAAAAUAGAUCAAGAAAUGCAGUUCCAGAUUCACCAGAGUAUUAAAGAAAUACGUGAGUUUCUGAUUUCUCUGCCUUAGUCCAAGAUGCAGAGGUCAAUCACUGACCUUUCCAUUGGGUGAUUUAUUUCCCAAGAAAUCUCCCAAGAAUUGAGUAAUGAGAUCCCAAAUUAUAUGAGUUCAUGACAGGGGGCUUAACACACUCUGUGGUGAGCAUUUUUUCCCUCUACAAUGAUCAGGCCUCAUGUGGUAACCCCGAAGGGUAGAAGACGUCUCAUAGCUUAUGUCAACUGAAAGAUCUAGUCUGCUUUAUUUGCAGACGGGGAUUUUAUUUGCUUUUAGUUGCUCUGCUCUCCCUCUUGAUAGGAUCACCUGUGAAAUCUCUAACAGAAGCUAGAGAAAUGAAAGUGAAGCUAAUUUCUUUAUGAAACCACUGUCUUCCAAAGGGCCACUUUCACCAACUUGGGAGGUUCUAUCUGGCAUUCAUCAAAUUCCUACUGCAUGUCGAACAUUAUGCAAGACAUUAAAAUAAAUGUCCCUGGAACUUAGCAGAGUUCUUGGAAUAUAGUAAGCACUUAAUAAAUGUUUGUUGACUGACUGGCUGAAAUAAGUUAAAGUCCCUGUUCUUAAGGCACUUGUAGUCUAGUAGUGGUACCGCUGGCGCUUGUGAAACAGAUAAUAUAGAAAUAGUCACUGAAAAUCAUUCUGCUAAGCCCAAGACAGUGAUUUAAGGAAGGCAUCCCCUAAAGAUGGCACAACUCUACAUCCUCUGCUCCUUAGAGCAGAGAUAAAUGUUUAGAGAAAAAUGAACACAUUCUUAAGAUUUUCAGGGUAUGAGAGAGUAAGGUUUGCCCUGAUAGAGUCAGAGAAAAGACAACAGGGUAAAGGGGACUUAGAGUCAGAGAGCACCUGAAUUUAACCCUGGAUCACCUUCUUCCUUAAAUGACCUUGUAUAAGUCAUCUAAACCUUUGUGGGUCUGUUUCCCUAUCUACAAAAUGAGAAGGUUGAGCUACAUGACUCAUUCUGAAAUCUCUUCCAGUUCUAGGUCAAUGUACCUAUGAUUGUAGGGAUCUCCAACCUUCUGUGGUUCACAAAGGAGGCUGUAUAAGGACGACUGAAGUUGGAAAGGAUUAGGAAAUAAUGAGGAGGUAGGGGAAAUGGGGGUAAUGAGUCAAGUGAGGAGGUGGGAGAUGAAGUUUAGGAAGAGGUUUCAAAGUGAAGGUAGUUGAAAGUCAUGAUCUUUUGUGAGAUAGAGGGCAAAAAUGGGCUACUAGAGUUGAUUUGAAGAAAGUAUAAAAAAAAAAAAGAAACCCUGACUUUUUCUUUACCUGUGAGAUUUGAGAGCAGAGGAAUUUGGUUGUGAUCUCAGAAGGGGCUGGGUGAAUGCAAUCAGGUGAUCCAACCCUGUUAUGUCAUUAACAGAUGUUUGGCAUAAGCAGCAACUGCUCAGAGAAGAAGGGACUCUAGCUCCUGUGCCCUGUCUAAUGUUCUGGGUGCUAUAAAUGACAAUGCCUCAUUUCAGAGAUAAGGAGAAUGGCAUCAUAGUGUUUCUUACCAUGAACGUAGUCUCUGUGUCAUGAUUUUCAAUCAUAUGUUGCUAGGAUGACUGGAGAAUGGGCUUUUGAUCCAUGUUUGAGGGCAAAAAAGCAAUUAGAAUCUUCAAAAAUCUCUUGCAAAUUUUCCUUCUUUGUAUUCAAAGAUUCUGUUGCUACUAAUUAGAUCCCAUGUUAGACUUCCUAACUUCAACCAGAUUUCUCAACUUGCAACCAGUGAUCGUGUCAUAUGUUGCACUCAGCCCCACCCAAAUCAUUGCAGCUCUACUGGGGACCCAAAGGGAAAGGUUUGGGCAGCAGUACAAAGAUUAAAUCUGACACCCUUAGCCAAAAUUUCAGCUAAACCUUUGUCAAUUAUGAGCGUCAGAUCUCCAAUGAAUCACUAGUGCCCUUCCCUUAUAUUCGUGGACUGUUUGGGUACUAUUUCCACCUAUGCGUAGAGAUAAUUCUAAGUGAGCUCUUAGUAACAAAUAAUUACAGUUCUGCUAUAAAGUCUGAUAUUUCCAAGCUCUGAUUGCAGGGAAAUCACUAUCUGCCCCACAUGAUGCUAUCAGCAGUGUCAGCUAUCUUUUUAGUCACAUGUUGCCUGCUGCAAAAUUCCUCCUUGUAUAUUGACUAGCUAUGAUCAGAAAAGAUACUGGGGAUGAGGGAGUUUAUGGUAUUAAGAGAUCACUUGGUUUCCCCUAAGUGAGAGCUGUGUUUCAGAAGUGGUUGGUAAGAUUACUCUAGAGAAAGAGAUCUUAACACACUCCCCAUGAAUAGAUUUCAGAGGGCCUGUGAACAUGAAUAGGGAAAAAAGAACUAUGUCUUUAUUUUAAUAUAAUUGGUUUCCUUUGUAACUCUAUGUAUUUUAUUUUAUGUAUUUAAAAUAUUAUUCUGAGAAGAGGAUCUUCAGGCUUCACUAGACUGCCAAAGAAGGCCAUAUCAGAAAAAAAUUAAUAACUCCUGCUGCUCCAUAUCAUCUUUAAGAUGCUCACUCCCAAAACAAAGCCCCUCACUAUUCUUUGUUCAGUCAAAGUGUCUCUAUGAUGGGAGCACUAGUAAAGGUCCCCCACUGUAUUUAAAGACGGUUCUUUAGGGCAACUGGGUCCUGUGUUUCUUUUGAGCUAUGAGCAGAAGUGAGAGGUCACCUUUCCAAAACAGAGGCCAUAUGGCUAUUACAGAAAUCCACAAAAGGAAUAAUAUUUAGCUAUGGUAAAAAGAAUUCUAAGCCUACUGAUCUAUGAGCCAACCGUCUCUUAAUAUGGCUUUUCUGGCCAGUGUGCCUUUCAUGUAUGGGCUGACGUCAGAAGAUGUUUGAGUGGGCAGACUGAUGUCUGAUCCUUGCCCUUAAUACUUGCAUUUUUGUUUCCCAGUCCUUCAAAAACUUCUCUUUAGUCCUGUCACUCCCCCUUCCUCCUCCCACCCCCAUGCAAAGCAUUGCCUGAAUUUCAUGCCCGGCUUCCGAGCAUUUUCCCACUUCAGUGGCCCCAUGGGCUUCCCUUGAGGUUGUUCUUUCUCUCUUGUUAGAUUUCUCUGUACCCUAUUGUCCCUGUCUGUGAUUUUCAGGCUGUUUUCAAGCACUCUGUUCUCUGUAAGAUAAUGUAUACUGUCAUGUAAAAGGAAGACAUUUAUUUUUGUAUUUUAAAGAGUUUUUUUUUUCCUUCCCUCAUAAAAUUCACACCUCAGAUAUAUAAACAGGAGGGAAAGUAUUUGUUCUUGCUUCCUAUGUGUAUUUCAUCACCAAGUUCUCUGUCAAUAAAAGCUGCUCACACAGG